UGUGGUUGGUAUUAAAAGAGAGGGAGAAUGGAGAAUCUAGAUGAGCUGGAGCACCCUCUUCUGGGAGAGAACCCCAACAACAGCCGGGCGUCGGGGCCGGGGCUGGGGCCCGGGACCGGACAGGCUCCAGGCGGACUGUUCAAGGGCAUCUUGGUGAAGUGUGAGGAGGACAGGGCCUACCCCCCCUUAGCAUGGAGGAGCUAUUGUGGACAUCCUCCUGAGCUUCAGCAGCAGCAGCUACUGGACCCUUGCUCCUUGCCUCGCACACUGGAGUCCUUUUACCCGCCGGCCCCCAUCUGGGGCCACACAGACUCCCUGCUCAGCAAAGACUACCUGGAGACCACCUUUGUCGACGUUCGGCCCGGCUCCACGCUUGAGAGGAAGCUGCUGGCUGAGACGCAGGACUUCCACAGUGUGUCCUACAGCAUGGAUGAUGAGGACGACCUGCUCCCUGACUCGGACGACUCGUCCAUUGAUGAAUUCAGUGAUACAGACAGCGAGAGCAACUUCCCUCUGAUGAUCCCCCAGGACUACCUGGGUCUGGCCUUUUUCUCCAUGCUCUGCUGCUUCUGGCCCCUGGGCAUCGCUGCCUUCUACCUUUCACAGAAGACCAACAAGGCUUCAGCUCAGGGGGAUUUUCAGGGGGCCAACGCAGCGUCUCGCCAGGCUCUGUGGCUCUCAGUGCUCUCCAUUGUGUUUGGAAUCAUAACGUACAUCUGUGCCAUCGCCGCGUUGAUUUCCUACCUGUCCGGGAAACCGCCAUAAAAAAACGGCUCUUGCACGAGGGAAUGCACAUAGAAGAAACAGACCUCUUACACACAUCUCAUUAAUAUCCACACACGCCAACGUAUCACCUGCAAAUGUAAAGUAAUCACAGUCUUUGUCUGUCAACCCCGUCUGCAGUCAUGUUUUAUCUACACCGGGAUGGAAAAAGCCAAGAACAGACAGUAAUGAUACAACAGGAGAGCUGGAGUCUCCAUCAUAAUCACUCCUAAUUGGAUUAGGGCAUAAUUCAGCUCAGAGGAUGUGAAGAAAAAUCAUUGAAAGUUAUUCAGUCUCAUUCCAUGUAGAAGAUUCAGUCUGUAAGUGUUAAUUAUUUUUGUCACCCGCGGUCUUAAGUGACCUGUUAUCCCUUAAAUCCGGGCUGUCGUCAUCACCACAUGUGAAGCAUUACUGAAGUUAAAAAAAAAACAAAAAAAAAAACUGUGACAACUAAUGCAGAUGUUAUCACUGUAGAUAUCACUGUCACAAAAACAACGGACGAAUAAUGAGAAGCGGAGGGAGAAAAGACGGGGGAAGUGUGGCAGCGAGCGGCGAUGGAGUCUGCAGAUUUAUUAGAAGGUCACAGCAAGGACGUGGCAGCGGCUAAAUCCUGAUGGACCUUGCUGUUGGAGGGGCCUGAGCCAGCACUGUCGCUGGUGGCGGUUUCAGAGCCCCAGAGCUUUAUUUUUAAAACAUAUGACGGGCCAGAAGCAAUAUUCUUUGAGAGAACCCAGAAUUCAUUCCGACGCCUCUGGUCGGAGCGAGGGACCCGCAGGGAAACACUGCACAUGCACAUCGAUCAACUCACAUUCAGCAUCAUUCACUGUGUACCUGCAGAGAGGACUGAUUCUGCUUUGUUUAUGCUAUAAGUUGAACAAGUAUCUUUAUGUUGAAAUACACGUAAAAGCUAAAUAAAAAAAAAUACAUAUUGUGCCAUUAUAUAAGAAAAUAAAUAUAAAGAGUUUUAAAAUGAAGUGCAAUGGUGGCGAUGUGAACAUUGGCUUGAGAUAUAGAAAUAAAAGGAACUGCUUCGUACAGUGCACUGCAUAUACAUAGGAAAUGAUAAGAUAGACCUGCGAGGAAAAGUGCCAAAAAUAUGGAAGAAACUCUGCGGAUGAUCCUUUUAUGAGCUAUUCCAUUAAUAGAAGCAACCAGGCUGCUACUCCACACCCCAAAAUAUAAUUCCCCCAAAUAUAGAUUCUGCUAUUUCCUCCCCCUUAAAAAAUAAAUAAAUAAAAAAAAGGACAGGAAUCCUUCAGGAAGUUGCUUCUUGCCGUCUGACAAACUUAAAACGAAGUUCUCUACUUUAACUUGCGUAGACAAAGUAACACUUUGUUCAGAUGAGCAGACGUGUGAGACAGCGCUCAGCCAGGUGAUGCAUGAGGUAGGAAAAUUUCCAUUUGGGUCACAUUAGAAACCUGCAUGGCGAGUUUGUAGUUUGACGUGUACAAACCUGCUCCGAGCUUCAGUCUCUUCCUUCAUUAGGACCUGAAUCACUGCAAGAGCAGCUUUGAUAUGAAGGGAAAAAACUCUGGCCGUAUUGGGUUGAAUUUAAAUGUGCCAUUAAUUAAAAAAAAAAAAAAAAAAAA